UGAAUUUAAAUUAAUUUUCACAAUAUUUUGUAAGAUUUGAGGCGUUAUAUUUUUAACUCUUGAAAGGAAGAUACGGUCUUCGCCGUUGUAGAGUUCAUUGAAGCAAUGCCAACGCCGCAAACCACGUUGAUUAUAAUUUAUAGCCAAUAACUACCAAUUUUAAUAAGUAAAUCAAAUGCCGACAAAAAUUAUGACCAAAUGUGUCACCGCCUCUCUUGUAUACGUAAUUUCAGUUUAUUUUUACAUUUCAUUUAAGCACCCUAUAGUCCGCCUGCCAACCAUCUCCACGUGGCACUACCUCGAUGCAUAUGACGUGGUGCAUACCAAACAGUUUUCCGUUGGGUUUCCUUUAUUAUAUAAAUAAAUAAACAAAGCAAAAGAAAAUUAGUUUGUUAUUGGCUUGUUGCUUUACGAGAACUCUGGACUCCACGACAUCUAAUAGUCUCUGAUUCCCAUCUCCAUUAACUUACGGCGGCUGACGGCGAAACCCCAUUCUCUCUCCAGAAAAGAGGCCAAAGCAACGAAAAAAAGUAUUAAGUCGUCAACGGAACCACCACCACCACCACUACUUGAGUAGCUGAAGCGGCGGUUUCACGCUAGUUACGAUUUCGCUCUCCGAAAAUGAAAUUUUCUUUUUUUUUUUUUUAAGGGUUUUUUGACAACGACACGCCUUCCUCAGCUAACUGACCCCAAAAGAUUUUUUAAAAAUACAAUACUUUUAUUAUUUUAUUUUAUACGAGAAUCGAUAGAGAGAGAAGAGUGUUUGGAGAGAGAAAAGCUCGCCUCGUAACCUAAAGCAAUAGCUUUUUUUUUUUUCCUUACCUCAUAGCUCUGGCUUUGAUUAUUAUAUAUAAAGAAAUAAAGACAUAAAAUGAAAAUUCAAUCAUCCAUUUUUCGUGAAUUUAAUUUCGCUCAAUUCGUGUGAAAUGAAUGCGGUUUUUUUCAAGGUAUAUUUGGAUACGUUUCCUUUUUUGUUUAUUAUGUUGUUAUUUAUUUAUGCAUUAAUGAUGACAAUGGAGGCUGUUUUUAAUCUUUUAAUUGUGUUUUUUUGGAUCUGACGCGGUUUAAUUUCGGUUCUCUUUCUUUUUUGACCUUUUUUCUGUAAUAAUCUUUUUCAUGUCCCUUUUUGUCCACUUCUGCUUGAAUUUCUGGUCAAUUUUGUCGUUUUUAAACAGCAACGAGCUGUAACAGAGAAUCGUACAGGUCUGGAGGAUCUGCUGGCAUAUAAAAGUAACGGCGUCUCAUUAUUUCUGAGAUUUUCUGUGUCUGUUUGGUUGCAAAUACAAUUCUGAUCACGAUCUCGGAUAAGUAUUACAAUGCCUGGUAAAUUAUGCCUAACUGUGCUGACUUUUGAUCGAAAUCGGGAUCAAAAGGGUGAUUCGUCGAUUAAUUUUUGUUUCUGAUUUUCUUUUUCGUUUUUAAUGAUAUCAGGAGAGGUAAUUGCAUUUCAAGAAAAUGAAAGGUUUAGAAAGGAAGAGAAUUUGGAUUUCGAGACGUCUGAGGACGAGAAAAGAAGAACCGCGAGAGGGAAAUCUCCGAAGAAGAAAGCGAUGACUGCUUCGACGAAGCUAACACACGGUCUAAGGAAGCGUGGCAAACGCGUGGCUGAUUGCAAAUACGCGGCAAUUUCGAUCGAGGAUGUUAGGGACGCAGAGGAGGAAAAGGCAGUCAGAGCUUUUCGCCAGGCAUUGCUUGCGAAAGAUCAGCUCCUCCUACGUCAUGAUGAUUACCACACUUUGUUAAGAUUUUUGAAAGCAAGGAAAUUUGUCCUUGAUAAAACUAUCCAGAUGUGGGAAGAUAUGCUGAACUGGAGGAAAGAGUGUCGAGUAGAUACCAUUAUACAGGAUUUUGUAUAUGAUGAAUACGAAGAAGUUCAGCACUGUUACCCCCACGGUUACCAUGGUGUGGACAAACAGGGCCACCCUGUUUAUAUUGAAAGAAUUGGUAAAAUUGACCCUGCCAAGCUGAUGAAGGUCACUACAGUGGAAAGAUUUUUAAAAUAUCACGUGCAGGGCUUCGAGAAGGCUUUCAUGGAGAAGUUUCCUGCCAGUUCUAUUGCUGCCAAGAGGCAUAUAGAUUGUACUACGACAAUAUUAGAUGUACAGGGGUUGAACUGGAUGAGCUUCGGUAAGGUUGCACAUGAUCUUGUGAUGCGCAUGCAGAAAAUUGAUGGUGACAACUAUCCUGAGACUUUACAUCAAAUGUACAUAGUUAAUGCUGGAAGUGGAUUCAAACUACUAUGGAACACAGCAAAAGGCUUUCUUGAUCCAAGGACUACUGCAAAGAUUCAUGUUCUUGGCAACAAAUUCCAUAAUAAAUUAUUGGAGAUUAUUGAUCCAAGCCAAUUGCCAGAGUUUCUUGGUGGAACUUGCUCAUGCCCUAAUGAUGGUGGGUGUCUUAGAUCUGACAAAGGACCCUGGAAUACCCCAGAAAUGAUGAAGUUGAUGCACUCGGGGGAUGCCUUGUACCUGAGGAAAACAGAAAGUUCUUCUGAGAAUGAUAAUUUGGAAGUCAAAAUUUUCUCUACUAAGGGAUGGAUGAGUGGUCAUAAUUCUAUGCACGGCAUUAUCGAACCAGAAAAUUCUGCAAGAAUUGAAGAAGCUAGUUCAACAAAUGAUGUAACUAGGGAUAUUACUCCAAGAAAUCCAGGGAAGAAGUUUGUUCAACAUGUAAUAAGUUUUGUGGUUCACUUUGUACUCAAAUUAUUAGCAUGUAUAUAUUUCUUGGUCCCUGGACUGGGAAGAUUUCUGGAAGCUCAAGAUUCAAAAAAACAAACAGAAAACCAGUCCAACUGCCAGAUGGCAGGUUCAGGGUCUCUGGAAAAUGGUACUUUGACAGAUGCAGAAGAGGUCUCACUUCAUCCAUGUUGGCAGAGGCUACAACAUUUAGAAAACUUGGUAACUGAGCUUUAUAACAAACCCACAAAAAUUCCUCCUGAAAAAGAGGACAUGCUUCUUGAGUCAUUGAAUCGUAUUAAAUCUAUCGAACAAGAUUUACAGAGAACAAAGAAAGCAUUGCUUGCAACUGCAUCAAAGCAAGUAGAGCUUGCUGAGUCAUUGGAACAUUUAAAAGAAAGCAACUUAGCUGGGACAUAUUCAUGUUGGCGAAGAAACUACAAACCUUUGAACCCAGGAAGAUGAAGUUGCUUGUUUGCUUGAUUGUGCUGAGGUAGCCAAUUCAUAUCUUCUGUCGUCUCUCAACAAUCCUACAAAAGCAGGAUUUGGAAAUCUAUCGCCCAAUUCAAGCAGUCGGGGUUGAUGAGUGACAGCUGUGAGAUAAAUGGAAAUAGAUGAAGUUGUGCUGAUAGUUGUCUAGUUACUGUACAUAGUAUGAAUUUUUUUCCCCCUUUGUUUACUCGGGC